AUGGCUGGGAAAAGUGCCAUUCUGACAGCUCUUAUAGUGGGUCUUGGUGGAAAAGCAACCAUAACCAACAGAGCAACAUCUUUGAAGGGCUUUGUGAAAUAUGAAGAGAGUUUUGCAGACAUUAAAGUGAAAUUAAAAAACAGAGGAAAUGACCCCUAUAAAGGUGACAUUUAUGGAGACAGCAUCUGCAUUGAGCAUCGGAUCACAAGUGACGGUAGCAGGACUUGUAAAAUCAAGAAUAAAACUGGUCAUGUCAUUUCCACAAAGAAAGAAGAGUUAACUGCUAUACUGGACCAUUUCGGCAUCCAGGUUGACAAUCCUGUUUCAAUAAUCAAUCAAGAAAUGAGCAAACAGUUCCUGCAUUCAAAAAGUGAAGCAGACAAGUACAAGUUUUUCAUGAAAGCAACUCUUCUGGAGCAAAUGAAGAGAGACUACAUUCACAUCAAGCAGACUAAAGCCUUGACGCGCGAACAGGUGGAAAGACAAGAGGAGUGUCUUAAAGAUCUCAGGCAGUUGUUUUUGCAAAAGAAAGAAAGAUAUGAACGCUUGUCGUCGCUUGACAAUAUGAGACAGAAUCUAGAGGACCUGAAAAAGAAGAUGGCAUGGUGUUUGGUGAGAGAGAAGGAGAGGCUUGUUGAACAACUGAUGGAACAAACUGAAAAAGAAGUGUCUGAUCAUAAACAUGAAGAAAAGCUGCAGCUCUGUCAGAGCAAAGUUACCGCUGCUGAAAAGAGAUUGCAGGACAUUCAGAAGAAGCUUUGCUCUCUUAGAGAAGAGCAGGAGCAUUUGGCAGAGGAGAGCCGUAAAAUGAAGGAAGAAAUUAAAGUCAAACCGAAAGCACAGAAAAAUCAGGAGGUGGUUUACUUCAGCGCUGAGAAUAAAUUGAAACAAUUAGAAAAGGAGCAAUGCCUUCUUCAGGAGCGAAUUGACAAAAUAAGUCAUGGCAGUGGCAGAAGAAGCCAUGAGACUGAGCAAGCACAGCAUCAACAAAAAAUAUCUGCCUUCAAAAAGCAGCUGGAAAAGCUUGAGGAAGAGUCCAGCACUCUUAAUCAAGAGAUAAAGGACAAACAACAAGCUCUGUUUAAAGGAAGAGAGGAAUAUGAUAAACUGAGCAUGGAGGAAAAGAACAUCCAGGUCUCUCUGGAGUCUAAACUGAAGAGAAAAAAGCAGCUAAUGGCCAGCAGAUCCAACAGACUGAGACGCUUUGGCAAUCACAUGCCAGAGUUGUUGGAGUCCAUCAACAAAGCCUUCUCUCAGGGCCGAUUCAUCAAGAAACCUGUGGGACCAAUAGGUGCAUGCAUCAGCCUAAAGGAUCCCAGUUUAGCCGUGGCUGUGGAGAGUUGCUUACGAGGUUUAAUUAAAAGCUUUUGCUGUGAUAAUUACAGGGACGAAAAAGUCCUGCAAGGACUGAUGUCCUCAUACUUCCCCAGAAGCAACAGGCCUCAGAUAAUCGUCUGUCUAUUCACGGACAGAGUUUAUAACCUGCAAGGCCGUGGAGUCCAGCAUCCUGAGUUUCUGUCUGUGCUGGACUGCCUCAAUAUCGAGAACCCAGUGAUAACAAACUGUCUCAUUGACAUGAGGAGCAUUGAGAGCAUUCUGAUUAUCAAAGAGAACGCUCGUGCGAGGAAGGUCAUGCAGGGGUCGAGACCCCCAAAGAAUUGUCGUGAGGCCUUCACUGCAGAUGGUGAUCAGGUCUACACCAAUCGCUAUUACACAACUGAACGUGAAGUACUGGCCCAAUAUCUUGGUGGAGACCCAGAGGCAGAAAUACGGCAAGAGGAGCACGUUAAGGCAGAGGCUGUGUGCAGUAAACUUGAUCAAACCUUGAAGAUCUUGGAGAAGAAACUUGAGGAUCAUCAGGCUACUGUUCAGGCCAUGAAAGAUGAUCUGUCUCUCAGAGAGGAAGAAACACAGGAUUGUGAAGCCAAAGCCAAAGAGAUCUGUCCUGUGCGACAGCAGGUAGGUCAGAGUGCCAAAAGUAUUGAUGCCGAAAUCACACGCCUGCGACAAAAAAUCAGUACAGAAGAGAGCAGCCAUGGCGACAAGGAACAAGUUAUCAGAGAGUACGCAGAGGCUCACAGUAAUUACAAAAGCAAAUCCAGUCAGCUGAGGGAUCUCAGGAAGUUUAUUGAUCGCCUCGACCACAUCAUGAUUGACCGUCAGGACCGAUACAAAUCAAUGCGACGGUCACUUUCUGUGAGAUGCAAGCUGUACUUCAUCAAUUACAUGAUGGAGCUGAAAUGCUGUGGCUCUAUAAUGUUUGAUCACAACAAUGAAACUCUGUCCAUUUCUGUGAAACCCCUCGGUCAGGAAGAAAACAACGUCAAUGACAUGCGUUCCCUCUCGGGAGGCGAGCGCUCCUUCUCCACUGUCUGCUUCAUUCUGGCACUCUGGGAGAUUACCGAGUCGCCCUUCCGGUGCCUGGACGAGUUUGAUGUCUACAUGGACAUGCAUAAUCGGAACAUUUCAAUGAACAUGCUUGUGGCACUUUCAGAAGAUCAACAUCAGCGACAGUUCAUCUUCAUCACCCCUCAGUCCACCAGCCAUCUGCCUAAUAGUUCGCAUAUUACGAUCCACCAGCUUCAGGAUCCAGAGAGAGAAGCGGAGGAGGAGGGAGAUGUGUGUUAGGUACGGACAUUGCCUGGAGAGACUGUACUGAAAGUGUGUAAAGUUUAUAUGUCUGUACAGUUUAUUAUGCAUUUGCUUUUAUUUAUUUUUAAAGAAGUUUUAUGGUUCUAGUUCCUCUGCAAAGGAUGUUUCAAAAGCACAAAGCGUGCGCCUAAUUUGUUUUUGUUGUUAUUGUGAAGUCCACAUCAUUUCAUCAAGUUCAUGUGGUCUUUUAAGAAAAACAAAAGGAGGCUCAAGGAAUAGUUCACCCAAAAAUGAAAAUUUGCUGGAAA